CAACGUGUUACGCAAACGUACAUGUUGGCCAUCGAGAGUGAUGCAGCACAAGUUAUGGCCGCGGAUCAAGCACUUGCAGCCCACCCAACAACAUCAGCCGCUGAAGACACCUCAGCAUCAGCCUCGCCAUCAGUGUCAAAUAAAUUCCCGACGCGCCCUCGUGCAACCUCGUCGAUGCCUACACAGUGGAUGCAAACCAGGUUGGACCAGCUCAAGAACACAAUGAAGACGCAAUUCGCGCCACAGCUUCAGGAGCUCAAGACAAAGCUGUCGGCGACUGCAAGCGUGAGCCGUGACCGUAUCCGCACGAGCAGCGAGCAGCUGCAACCAGCCCUGUCCAAAGCACGUGGUGGCGUUAGUGGACUCACGCGACGAAUGUCCCAAACGUCAGCGCAGAUGCAGCAUCAUGUCGAAACUCUAGGAAUUCGCUUCGUCCAGGGGAAUUUGUUCGUGUCCAAAAAAGGCGACGAGCCCACCCGGCUCGUCAUGGACUGCACGUCAAGCCCGACAUCGUUCAUCGCAGCAUCUCGCGGCCUCGUGGGCUUUUACGGCAGCACACACGCUGGCGACACCCCCCGAGCUUCGUUGUCUGUGGCAACGUUGUGCAUGGACAUCCCGCAAGUUCUAUACACCAUCGUUGCCUUUACUGGCUGUGUGGCCACGUAUUCGCGCCUUUCGGGCGUAAAUCAUGGCAUGCGCCAUCAUUUGCUGGCUGAGCCACGGCUCCUGCGGUACUGCGUCCGCGUGAAUGGGAUCUCGCCUGCGCUGCGUGUGCCAUUUUGGCAGCACUGUUCCGGGGCGAUUCAACUCCAAGCGGCCUCGAACGACGAGUAUUCGACGUACCACGACGACGCCAAGCUAAAAAAUGAGUGGACAGAAGCAAUUCGGAUCGAUGUGCAGCGAACGUAUGGACGUGUGGCUAUCGUGCAAUCUUGUACUAGCGGUGGCCAGGGUGGUUCUUCGUCGUUCGAGCACUGCCAUACCGAUGUGGACAUUCAAGGCCAGCUCAUGGGGGUCCUGCACGCGUUGGCGAGCCGAUAUCCCACCGUGGGGUACUGCCAAGGCAUGGACUACAUCGCAGCGCACGUCCUCGAACACGUCAUUGCGUAUUACGCUCAAACCGCGAAAGGCCGCGGGGCGUUGUCCAAGGCGCAGAUCCUAGCGCUCGAGGAAGCUGCUUCGUUUUGGCUGCUCGUGGCGCUGUUCGACAACUACGGACUCGAAGCCAUGUUUAGUCCUGGCCUGCAACAGCUCCAUUUGCGCUGUUUCCAGUUUAACCGCGUGCUCGAGCAAGGCUUGCCGAGAUUGCAUGCCCACUUUGACCGUGAGUGCAUUUCGACCGAGAUGUACCUUGUCGGGUGGUUCCAAACUUUGUUUUUGUACUUGAAUGCGCUGCCGAAACCCACGACCGACGCGAUUUGGGACAUCUUUUUGUUUGAAAAGUCGUGGAAGAUCUUGUUCCGCUCCGCGCUCGCCAUGCUGUCCCUUUGCGAGACGCACCUCGUUGACCAACCGAUCGACAUCGCGAGCCGAUUCCUCAACACCUUUGCCACACACUUGCACGUGUUGGAGCCCACAGUGCUCAUCCCGUGCGCAUUGCGCAUCAAGCUGUCCAACCGCAUGCUCCAUGGCCUUUGUGACGAAUUUGACAACUCGCCGUCCCUGUCGUAGAUGCAAGCGCCACUUAACUUAUAUAGACUUCAUGCUGUGUA